GAACAAAAAAACAACCUGAGAACAAAUUAAGAGCAAAGUAUAAAAUGACGCCUUGAUGCUUUAAACUUGGCGUUUUAUUGCUCAUUCUCUCAAUCACAUUAAGAAAUAAACACGUGACAUGGUUUACAAAGCCAUGAGAGAAGGGGUGCCCUAGUUCGUGCUCAGUGCCCUGCAGUCAUGUCUUUCUGCACUGAUAUGAUGCAUGUGUGCCCGUGCAUACGUAAAGAAAAGCUUGUGCUCUGUUUACAAUGUUGCAGAGGCAUUUUGCUGGCAUUUAGGUGGCAUUUUCUCUCCUGUGGCCUAGUUGUCCUAGAUGAGAGAGGCGUGUUAAUAUGUGUGUGUGUGUGUGUGUGUGUGUGGUUGGCAGACCUCCUGAAAGGACCGGGGGCCACAUGGGAAGGGUUUGAUUCAAUUGUGUGCCUAGAACUGAGUAAUUAAUUUCCUCAAAAAAUAUUCUGUGUAUUUUAUUUAAAGCAAAUUUCAACAUAUUUAAUUAUUUCAUAGCAUUUUUACCCAUUUUUGCUGAACUCAGCUGAGUAAACGAAGAUGGCGCCUGUGUGUUUGGCAUGCCGUCAACCGCUCUUUUUUACCUGUUUGAUUUUAUUGUUUUUAGCUAAUGUUGUGCAACAUGUCAGUUCAAUACUGUCGUAUGAUCGCCAGACUUUAUUGGAAAUCGGCUCAUCCACCAAAGUUUCAGUUUGGUUUGGUAAAGAUAGCCAGGGUUUUCUGCCUCCCUACCUGGAAGCAGUACCAUUGCGCUGCCAUCCCCUACCACUGCCACCAGAUAUGCGGAAGCGACGCAGGAGACGGGGUACCCGUGGAGGUCGCCUCGUUAAGCUGAGAAUCCGGAUUUCUUACUUUCCUCACGAUCUACGCUCCGUUCGUCAAUCUUUCCCACGACUCCUGGUACCAUUGCGUGCUCUGGAUCCUGUGGAUUCCUGGUUGGUUCCCGUUGUCGGCUCUAUCGGGAGCAGCCCUGUUAAAUCAUUCCCUCUUCGGCAUCUGCGUUGGAGGGGAAUCGACCGAUCAAACCUUCGAUCGGUGGAUCUGGUUGUCACUACCCCGGAGGUCUCCGAACCAGCUCCCCUCAGGUUGGGCUUAAUAAAUGCCAGAUCGGUGGCGAAUAAGACCUUCAUCCUGAAGGAUUUCUUUUCUUCCCAUGCAUUGGAUUUCCUCUGUUUGACUGAAACCUGGACUUCACCCGGGGUAGUCAGGGCUUCCAACAUCUUCCCCAUCCUUAGUGCCAUCCUUCUGCUGAUGGGAGGAGUUUGCAUUGCUGCUAGUCGUUUCUAUAAAAGCAAAAGGAACAUUAUCCUGGGGGCAGGGAUCCUCUUCGUGGCUGCAGGUCUGAGCAACAUAAUUGGUGUGAUUGUCUACAUCUCGGCUGCGCUGGGGGACAUUUCUCCGAAGAAGGAUGAGGAUAAGAAAUGGCAGUACUCCUAUGGUUGGUCCUUUUACUUUGGAGGCCUUUCCUUCAUUAUGGCUGAAAUGGUGGGGGUGCUGGCUGUCAACAUCUACAUCGAGAAGAACAAGGAGCUCCGCUGCCGUUCUCGCACCGACAUUUUCAAAAGCACCACCCACGCCAUGCUCCGCCUGCCCAGCUACCGCUUCCGCCGUCGCUCUCGCUCCUCAUCCCGUUCCACCGACCCUUCCCGCUCCCGAGACCCCUCGCCUGUGGGGGGAGGUGGAGGAAAGAACUUCGGGCUGCCCCCCUCUGCACUACUUUCCCAGGGCCCCAUUUCAGUGUCCACUCUACCCAACCCGCACUCUCGCUCCCACACAGCCCUGGCUGGAGGAGACAUCUCCCUGUACACGUUGUCCCGUGACCCCAAGCUGGGAGGGUUGCCGCCCAUGUAUGGAACGGUGGACAGGGCCACGCUCUACCAGCUCCACAACUGCUUUCCAAAGGAUGGAGGUGUAGGGGGAGGGGGGGUGAUGAUGAGCGGCACUCUCCCAUCACUCAAGUCCCACAACCCUUCCAAUUCUUCCAACUCCAAUCCACCAAUUCCCAACUCUGUGGGCUCUGGCCCUCCGCCCUUCACCUCAUCCACAGUCGACAGGGAGCGAGGGAUGGGGACUCUGGACAGGCUGAAGGGAGACAGGGAGAGCAACUCUAACACCCUCAAUAGAAAAACAACGCCUGUGUAGAGGAAGGGUAUUAGAGGAGGUGAGGAGGGAGGAGGAUGGGUAAUGAAAGAGGGAAGCCAGAAAGGAGCACUGUAGGCUCAACAGGAGGUAGAAACACAGGCAGACAGGUAAAACGCUACAUCUCUCCCUCCAUGUUCACUGUUAUUUAGUCUACUCAAUCUCACUGAGAAUAAAAAGAAGAGUAAUAACAGAGCGAUAAUAACAACAACAAUGAACUUUCACAAUAAAACUAUUUUGAUAUUUUAAUGUGCUAGAAAUGAUUUAUUUUGUUAAUGAUCAAACGCAAUUAACCUUGGGCUAUUAUGAAAAUGUUUCACAUAAUUUUUGUGCAAUAUUACCGCUAAUUUAACCAGACCAUCAUUGAUGUAAAAUUGUUGUUGUGAUUAUUCUUAGAGUUAUUACAGGCUAGCUGUAUGUGCAAACGCUAUAAUUUAGAAUGAAAUUUUAAUUUUCACGUUUUUUUUUUCCUUUAUGACUUUUACUGUGAAUCUCUUCCAUGCAGAGCCACUGGGACUAACAGUGAGCUGUAAUAUGUCCGUGUCCAGCAUGAGUGUGCACAAUAACGUGGGAGAAUGAGAGCCUGUAUAAUUAUUUUUUCUUUUUUAACCCAAAUAUUAUAUGAUUUUCAUUUAUAUGAUGAAGUCAGAUGUGAAUACUGUAAAUUGUCUUCCAAUAUUGAUACCGAAAGAAAUGCAACAAUAAUGUGAGUGACUGCGACAGCUCACCAACUUCAUUGUUAUUAUGAGUCUGAGUUUUCUAUGGGCCUCAGUUAGUCUUAUUUCCAUUCUAAUCAGUGUGAACAGUAGUAAUUGUAGCUCUAGUCGUGUUGAAGAUGUUUGUUCUUGGGCAUUAACAGAACCUCUGCUCAGACAGGAAAAAAAAGAGACAUAGAAUUACACCUUUGUACAGAAUCAGGUAAAGGUUGCUGCCUGAGGAGAAAAACAAAACAAAAAAAAGCAGAUUUUUUCUAUGAAAAGUCCCAAAGUGACACAUGCAAAUCAUCAUUUUCAGUGGCAAAAAAGAAAAACACUCUGUAUAUGUGGGUUAAAGGGUUUAAAAAAAAGAUACCUGUACAUUGUAAUUAUGCAUACAUAUGUUUGUAACGUCUAUAGACAUGUUUUUCGGGACCACUGUUCAAAAUGGGUAUGCAUUUUGGAACGAGCAGGUUUGGCUUAAGUGUUUUGCUCCCAGUGCCGUCCCUGGACUCUUGUCGGGUGGUUUCAACCGCCAACCCUGGCCCGCCAUAUCUGCCCAUUUACGGCCACACGAUCAGUGUUUUCCUUACUUUAUCACCAAUGGCGGCUUCACCACAGAGACAACCCCUUAAGCUCCCCAAAGAUUCCUUUCACUGUGCUUCCCCAGUAACUCCUGAGUCUGAACUCUGCGCUGUUUAUGUUGAUGAGAAUGUAGACACAUGUAACGCCCAGCCAUCCCACCCUCUUCCAAACUGUCCCGAGUGACUGCAGAGCUAGAUGGAAACUGUGGAUUCACCUGCUACGUGGAAUAAUGAAGAAACAAAAACAAUGACCAGAUGCUUCCAGAUUAUUUUAAUUUUUUUGAUUUCAUUUCAGAAAAAGAAAAAAAUGUGAUUAAAAAUGCACACAGAUAGCAUUUAUGUGGGCAAUAUGAAUAGUAUGUAGUUGAGAAUAGAUAUAUCUAGAUAAAUGAUUAUGGUUUAUCUAAAUGUGUGAUAAACUUAAAACACUGUAUUGCACGAAGUUUAUAAAAAAAAAACAAUAACAGAAAUAUUUACAGAGUGCUGUCUUUUGUUUCUUUUUUGUUGUUGGUCAGUAGAACCUCAGAAGUAGACCGAACAAACAUGCGUGUGUUUUUAUCUAAACAGUGGUGGAAUAUUCCGAUUUUUUACACGAAUAAAUGAAGCACCACAAUAUUUUACAAAUACUGUACUAAAAAAAAGUC